UAUGUCUGCGCCCUGUGGAGUGAAAUGUUGGUGAUUUUGAGGGCACCUAAUUUUUCUUAGAUCUGCAUUGCCAGUUUGUUUGAAGUUUAAAAUACCCAACAAUGUCAAAGAUAGACAAAUUAAGAUUGUUGAGGUCCUUGCUGCGGGAACUUCGAGAAGCAAAGAUGAGUUCCCCGAGGAACACAAUGGCCUAUGGUUACUUGAUGGAUCAGUUCCGAAAAAAUCAAGUUACAUCCGAGAAAUUCUGCAAAGAACACAAUGAAAUGUGGCAUCAGGCUCAGACGUAUCUGUGUAUGCUCAAGAGUACAAGAGAACAUGAGGCAUUGCAGGCUGCAUACAAGAGGGGUGAAAGAACAGUGGAAGAAAGUGCCAAACUAGUUGGAUUGAAAAUACCCAAGCCCUAUGAAGAGUGAUCCCAUUUCUAAUGCUUCACUUAUUUCAUUAUCUCUGUAUAAAGACGUGUGAAAAAUUGUAAAUACUUGUAGUUGCAAAAAAAGAAUGAAAUUAUUCAGUAUUAAUGGAUGGUCAAAUGUGGACAAAGCUGCACUUCCCCCAAGUCAAAGAUAUUGGCAAAUCCACUGCUUCAAAGCAAUCUAAGACAAAUGAACAAGCAGAAAUAGAAAAAGGGAUAGACAAAAUAACAGCAGAAAUAAUUUACUAAAUGUCAUUAGAAUCAGAAAAUUCAACGUAGAGAAGUAUUCCAUAAAUGUAAUAAACUAUAUAUUACUAUUUUUUCUUUUGUGCUAUCUGAGGUUUACAUAAUACAUGUACAUGUUAGUUUUAAUUUAUUAGGCAGACUUUGUGACGUGAUUUUCAAACAUUGAAUAAAUUUUGACAGAAACCUGA